AUGGAAAAUUUUGAUGAAGAAGUUAAUUCAACCGGAAACAACGGUCAAUCUGAAUCAAGUUCCUUUAGUGUAUCUAGAAGAACUUCUUACAACAAUUCAGGGAUUUCUUCAUACGAUGAAGAAGAUCCAGUUGUUUAUCCAGAUGCACCACCGGAGUUCAUACCAGUUAAGGGAGAUAUUUUUGAGAGUCUAGAAAAAUGUAUUGAGAUGUAUGAAAGAUAUGCUUACCAUUCAGGUUUUGACAUUAGAAAGUCAAUACAAAAGAAAUUACUGAGUGGAAUAGUGAAGGAAAGGUAUCUUUUGUGUAACAAGGUAGGAAACACUCGAGGUGAUACAACAAAUGUUGAGAAAAGGCAGCGGACUUCAUCAAUACAUGUUACUGGUUGCAAAGCAAAAGCUAUUUUCAAGAUUGUUGAAGGAAGUGACUCAUAUGUUUUAGAUACAUUUGAGCCAAGACACAAUCACCAAAUGGUUCCAAAAGAACAUAGGCAUUUAUUGAAGAAAUCAAGACAGUUAGGUUUUGCCGAAAUGAAUUUCAUACAUAAAGUAUCCAUUUCAAACAUAGGGGCAACAAGAGCUCACCAUAUAUAUAGCAACAUUCAAGGUUCAUACAAAAAAACCCAUGGGACAGUUACAGAUUUCAAGAACCAUAAAACUGCCAUAGAUUGUUAUAUAGGAUUAGAUGACGCCCAAAUGCUGAUUAACAAAAUGGAAAACACAUUACAAUGUGUCAGAGGUUUUUCUUUCAAUUACAAGGUAGAAGACAAAAAUCUUGCUGGUCUUUUUUGGGCGGAUGAAACGGCUAAGUUGAACUUCAAGGAGUUUGGAGACAUUAUCUCGUUUGAUGCUACAUAUAGGACAAAUAAGUACAACUUAAUAUUUGUACCUUUCACCGCAAUUGAUAACCACAAAAAAACAGUAUCAAUUGGAGCCGGCAUGCUGCACAACGAAAAGUCAGAUUCUUACAAGUGGCUAAUUGAAAAUUUUCUACAAGCAUUUGGCAGCCAACCAAAGAUGGUGGUUACGGAUCAAGAUCCUGCAAUGAAGAAAGCAAUUGAGGUUGUUUUACCAGAGUCAAGACAUAGGCUUUGCAUGUGGCACAUUACGCAAAAACUUCCAUCAAAGGUGGGAAACGAUAUGUUUGAGCAUUCAGAUUUCAAAAAGAAAUUCAAUGAUAUAGUGUGGAAUUUAUCGAUAGAUACAAAUACGUUUGAGAAGAAAUGGUUUGAAAUAAUGAAGGAGUUUGGUUUGGACGAUCAUGAAUGGUUUACUCACAUGUAUAGCAUCAGAUCAACAUGGAUACCUGCGUAUUUUAGAGACUUAUAAAUGUCGGGUUUAAUGAGGACCACAUCUAGGUCAAAGAGCGAGAAUUCAUUUUUCAGCAACUUUACAACUGAGAAAUCGACUUUGGUUCAUUUUAUGUUGUCAUAUGAAUCGGCUAUGGAGAAGCAAGGGAGCAGAUUAGAGUUUUUGGAUCAUCAAUCUCUUAUCAAAAGAGCACGGUUUUCAACACGUGUUAAUAUCGAAAAACAAGCAUGUGAUGUCUACACGCGUGCAAUCUUCCAACUUGUUCAAAAUGAGAUUCAAAUAUCCAUUUAUGAUUGUGCUUAGAUUUCUGUUAAUUCAGAAGAAGGUGUUGAUGUGAUUUUGAUUAGAGAAAUAAAAGAAAUGCAUAAAAGAACUGCAAGUUUGUUGAAGAGGAAAAGAGGAAGAAGAAAAGGAAAAAAAAGGGUGUUAAAGAGGACGAAAAAGAAGUUGAAGAUCUAAGAACUAUAGAGGGAGAAGAAAUUGAGGAUACAAAUAGAGCCUUAUUUUCAAAAGAUCAAGAAAAUUCUGCAAGUACAUCCAACAAUGAAAGAGUUAAAAAGACGUUUAUUUUCAAGGUACUUCUACUGUUUAUAGUUUUUAAACUAGAAAAAUUGUUCUUUAUUCAUAUUAUGUUGAAUUUUUUUGUACAUAACAGACUUUGUUGGGAUUAUAUGUGCUGAUGUGUUUAACA